AUAAAACCUCGCAAAACCCCUGGUGAGGUGACAGUGAGACAUACAGAAGAAAGCACUUACCAAACAUUACAAAACGCAGAGAGAGAGAGAGAUGAAAAACGCGACCCGUCUGAUAUGGGCAGGAGCAGCGGCAGCGAGAAAGCUGUGCACGGCGGUGGCAACGGAGGUGAAGCCCCAAAAGGAAAAAGCAGAUUCCCUGUACCGUAGAUUAUCGGCUUUGGGCGCCACGGGGGGGAGCGUAUCCCAGGCGGUCAAUAAAUAUGUGAGGGAGGGAAAAUCUGUCAAGAAACGCCAGAUCGAAUCUUGCAUCAAGGAACUCCGCAAGUACAAGAGAUUCCAGCAUGCCCUUGAUCUAAUGGAGUGGAUGGAGAAGAGGGAUACUGUUCUAUCCUACAGUGACUAUGCUGUUCGUCUCGAUCUUUUGUCAAAGACUAGGGGUAUAGAUUCUGCAGAAGAGUACUUCAACAGCCUUUCUGAACCUGCAAAGAACCGAUUAACCUAUGGAGCUUUGCUGAACUGUUAUUGCAAGGAAAAAAUGAAAGAUAAAGCUCUAGCUCUGUUUGAGAAGAUGAGUGAAUUGGGUUUCAGUUCAACUUUGGCCUAUAACAAUCUAAUGACCUUGUACAUGAGACUGGGCAAACCAGCGGAGGUUCCCCUCUUAUUACAAGCAAUGAAGGAGAAAAACAUCUCACCAGAUAAUUUUACUUAUGAUGUAUUAAUUGCUAGCUAUGCUUCUACAAAAGAUUUUGCAGAAAUGGAGAGAGUUCUAGCAGAGGUAGAAAGAGAGAUUGGUGACAAUGUCAAUUGGAACACAUAUAGUAAUGUGGCUGUUGCUUAUGUUGAGGCUGGUUUGUUUGAGAAGGCUGAGUUAGCUCUUAAACAAUUGGAGAAACAGAUGAAGCCCCGUGAUCGCAUGGCAUACCACUUUCUAAUUAGCUUGUAUGCAGGUAUGUCUAAUUUGUCAGAGGUUAAUCGGGUUUGGGCUUCCUUAAAAUUAGCACUUCCGAAGACUACCAACUUGAGCUAUCUUGUCAUGCUUCAGGCUCUUGCUAGGCUUGAUGAUUUUGAUGGCAUCAAAACAUGCUUCAAGGAAUGGGAGGCAAGUUGCUCAAGCUAUGAUAUGAGGUUGGCUAAUGUUUACAUAAGUACUUGCCUCAGACGGGAUAUGUUAGAAGAAGCAGAAUCAGUUUGUAACGGUGCCAUUCAGAGAGGUUCAGCACCCAACUUCAGGACAUCGGAGAUGUUCAUGGAUUUCUUCUUGAAAGCCCGCAAUGGUGAUUUGGCUCUGAAGCACAUGGAAGCGGCUGUCUCUAAAGUUAAGAAUAAUGAAUGGCAACCAACUCAGGAAAGGGUGGAAACAUUCUUGAAGUAUUUUGAGGAAGAGAGAAAUGUUGAAGGUGCUGAAAAAUUCUGCAAGAUGCUGAAGGAAGUUAAUUGUCUCAAUUCCGAAGUAUACCAUUUAUUGCUUAGAACGUACGUAGCUGCUGGGAGAAGAGAUCCUGCAUUGCCUAAAAGGAUGGAAGACGAUAAGAUUGAGAUGACUGAUGAGAUAAAAAAUCUGCUUGAGGUGAUUUGCCAGGAAUAGAUUGUUUAAUGAAGAGUACGAGCAGCCAUAGUAGGAUAUGAAAAAAAACUCACUUUUAAAGGAAAUUCUGCUUUUUAGACGGUGUACGCAUUAAAUCCAUGUAUCCGUGCCAUGAUAUUAACAGAUCCAAAGAAAUUGUCCCUCCAGACUCCAGUGGAACAAUGGAAGUGUGUUUCUGAGUUCUGACAGUAAACAAAAGAAUGGAUGGUUUGCCAUUUCAA